ACAAAGAACGAGAGAAAGAGAAAUGGAAGAAGAAAGGCAUAAGAUUUAAAUAUAUAAAGAGCGAAAGGGGGUGAGAGAGAGAGAAAGGAAGAGUGAAAACAGACAGUGCUCAUUCAUUUAUUCAGUGUCUCAUCAUAUCUGUUGAUUUUUUUCUUGGCAUCAGUGUUCGAUCUGUCCUCCGGUGCCGUCGGGGGCUCGGUUCAUGUUUCUGCAUCCAAAACCCGCCGCUGCUCGGCAUGGCAUUUGAGCUUUCGGGCGAUAUCAUAACAAAACCAACAAACGCCAACUACAAGGGCGUGGGCUUCGUGGGAGGCUGGCAUCGUGGGCACGCUCUCACUCUCUCACAGCACCCACGGCGCAUCGCCUCAUCAAUAUUUAUGAUCACAUCGUCCAUUAAGUCCACCCAAACACUAAGUCAGCAAGACUAUGUGUCACAUUAACCAUCAAAGGAGGAUAGCUGUUUGCACAAGUGCUUGACUCGCCCCUUCAUCAGUAUGGGAGUGGGGAGGGAGAGAGCGAGAGAUAGAGAGAGAGAGAGACAGGGAGACAGAGAGAGACAAGGAGAAAGAGAGAGAGAGACAGGGAGAAAGAGAGAAAGAGAGAGAGAGAGGGAGAGAGAGAAACAGUGAGACAGGGAGGGAAAAGAUGCAUGAGGUCAUUGAAUGUCCUCCAGAGUGCAAACAGCACACAGUAAGAUGAAGGGGGGGGGGGGUAAAAACACAAGUUGUCCUGAAUGACUACUUUCCCUGGAAGUAAGGAGAUUGAGAGCUUGGGUGGCAGGGUCCCUCGCAAGCGCACGGCAAGUCCGAGGUUACCGCGGUCGGGGUGUCUUUGUGGCGCAGGCCUUUUCAUCUCCUCUCCUCGGCUAAUGCACUGUUAACCCUCAGGCCUGGUCCAGCAGCUCACUCAAGUGCUCUCUGCCUGUCAGAUAAAGGCCAAGAGAGGAUGAGCGAGCCCUAAUUGACCAGAUAUCCUUCAUUUCGCGUGGGCACACAAACCCAUCCCCUUCCCCGCCCCAUCCUGCUCCCAGGCACCGGCGCGGAGCCUCAGAUGCCAAUAAAGCAGACGGCAAAAAAACUCGGCCGACUUAAGCAUUUUAGACGAGGAUAGAAAAUGCUCAUCGCGUACCCAACACGAUGUAGAGGCACUGGAGGAUCUAAUCCAGAGCACAUAAGCAAGCUUGAAAUCACCACUGGUGUAAUUUUAGACUAACAUUUAUAGCAGUGUGUUUGGUGUUCUGUGCGCUGAUGGAGAGAGCUUGUGACAGCGUUCAUGGAUUUGACCAUGCUUGAUCAGGGUACAGGAGCCUGAUUCGAAGCCCACAGGGUGCCUUUCAUCUUCUCUGAAGCGUCCGCCGCAGAUACAUUAAAAGUGUCUAUAUGUGGCACCUGCGCUGAAAAACGGAACUAAAGAGAGAACAACAAAGUCACGUCGCGUAUCUCCGAUUAACAGGCAGCUCUUUUUGCAUCCCGACAAGGUUCCCGUGCGAAGAGCUGACGAUGUUCCGCAAGAAGAAAAAGAAGAGGCCGGAAAUAUCGGCGCCAAAGAACUUUGAGCACCGGGUCCACACGUCGUUCGACGCCAAGCGUGGCUGCUUCGUGGGCCUGCCAACCCAGUGGCACAGCAUCAUCGAAAACCUGCGGAGGCCCAGGCCCAUGGUCGACCCAUCCAGGAUAACACCAGUGGAGCUCAAACCAAAGAAGACCAUAGUGCGUGGGAGUUUCAUCGGCCACGGGGACUACAUCUCCGCCAUGCUGUCCGACAUGAACCGCCUGUCCGUCAGCAGCUCCAACUCCCUGCGCAAGAGCAGCCCGUCAGCCCGCAAGCGGGCACAGUCUCUGGGCCGGCUGGGCGAGGAGCGCGAGGGCGAGCCCUACCAGUACGAGGACCUGGCGGUUGCCGACCCGCACGGCGGGGGUGCCGACCCUCACGGCCGCUGGCGGGAGCGGGAACGGGAGCGGGAGCGGCUGCGGAUCGUGCACAGCGAGAGCGGCACGCCACACAUGGGCAUGAAGAAGAGCGUGACUCUGCAGCCCAACGGCGUGCUGCCCCGCGCCAAGUCCACGCACGAGGUCAGCAUCACGUCGCUGGAGGCGCUCGGGCCCCCACCCUUUCCACCGCCGCUGCCCCCCCUGCCCAUACCUGUGAACUACCCACCACCCAUGUACAUGGGCUGCGGAGGCGAGGUGGGCAGCCCCACCGAGCGCCUGAUGGCACGGAGGGAUGUGGCACCGCCCAGGCCGCUGCCACCUCCGGGUCAGAGACCCAUCUCCUGCUUCUACACCCCCGCCGGACCCGCCCACCCUCCACCACCGCCACCGCUGGGGGAGCCUGGAGGACACACUCCUGAGUACCGGCCUAAUGACAGACUCCUCGUCCACCAGCAGAACAGCCCCGUCAGGCCAUACUCAUCCUACGACCUGAAGCGCCUCAAAGUGUACCCAGAGUCCCGUGGGGCUGGCAUGAGAGGGCCAGGCGGCGUGGUGAGCGCCGAUGCCAUGUUCAGGCACCAGCCAGGUCUCUUCGCCAGCUGCACCAGCAGCCCCAUGAUGAGCGUCGCCGCCCGGCCCCCGCACCGGACCGUGCGCUCCUCGUCCAGCUACACCAUCGGCCUGUCGCCCAACAUCAGCCUGCGGCCAUGUGUGCCGGAGCCCUACAUGCGCCACUCGGCCAGCACCAACCCGGGGUUCUACCCGCGCCAGGACAGCCCGUCGCAGCCCCGGCCCUCACCCACGGGCUCCCUGGCCACCAGCCCGCCGGGCACCUGCUCGCCCGCCUUCCGCCCGCCCCAGCACCCGUCGCCGCGGCCCCCGCCCGACCCGCCCAAGGUCACCCACGAGCAGUUCAAAGCGGCGCUGCAGAUGGUCGUGGACAAGGGCGACCCGCGCUCCUACCUGGACAACUUCGUGAAGAUCGGCGAGGGCUCGACGGGGGUGGUGUGCAUCGCCCGUGAGAAGCACAGCGGCAGACAGGUGGCCGUCAAGAUGAUGGACCUGCGCCGGCAGCAGCGGAGGGAGCUGCUGUUUAAUGAGGUGGUCAUCAUGAGGGACUACCAGCACAAAAACGUGGUGGAGAUGUUCAAGAGCGCUCUGGUGGAGGAGGAGCUGUGGGUCAUCAUGGAGUACCUGCAGGGAGGAGCUCUGACCAACAUCGUCUCUGAGACCAGGUUGAGUGAGGAGCAGAUAGCCACGGUGUGUGAGGCUGUGCUACAGGCUCUGGCCUACCUGCACUCGCAGGGCGUCAUCCACAGAGACAUCAAGAGCGACUCCAUCCUCCUCACGCUGGACGGCAGGGUUAAGCUGUCAGACUUCGGGUUCUGUGCCCAGAUCAGUAAAGAUAUCCCUAAGAGGAAGUCUUUAGUGGGCACACCUUACUGGAUGGCUCCUGAGGUGAUCUCUAAAUCACCUUAUGGCACAGAGGUGGAUGUUUGGUCCUUGGGCAUCAUGGUGGUAGAGAUGGUGGACGGAGAGCCUCCAUACUUCAGCGAGACGCCGGUGGCAGCCAUGAAGAGACUACGGGAUGAGCUGGCUCCCACCGUACGCAACAUCAAUCAGAUCUCACCGGUUCUGAGGGACUUUCUGGACCGCAUGCUGACGCGGGACCCGCUGGAACGGGCCACGGCCACGGACCUGCUGGAGCACCCCUUCCUGCUGAAGAGCAGCUCGCCGCAGUGCCUGGUUCCCCUAGUGGAGCAGUACCGCAAGCGCAUGUCCCGAUGCUGAGGCCAAUCCAACACCCUUCUACUCUCCCCCGCAGUACACUGCAGGACUUUUGUGAGACACCACCCCUCCCACCACACACACACAUACACUGCUCACCAGCCAGGCAUCCUCUGGUGUGCCGGGUCAUCACGUCCGGUUUCGCUGGUGAGUUUAUGCCCACGUGGGAACUCUAGGAUGGGGUUGUGGCGGGGGGGAAUUGUUCCCCCGCACGGUUUCGCAACCCACUGGUUGUAGUGGGGAGAGACCACAUCAGAGUCAUCGAACAAAAUGACAUGAGAAGAGAAAGCACUUUAUGCGUGUGUGGGCUACACUGUAGAGACAGUAUUUUUCCCUUGUAUUGUGACAGUAAAAGACUGAGGAGAACUUGAUGCCCAGAAAGAUUCCCCACCAAGUGAACCUCUGUGGUGGUGGAAGCUCUUCCUGGGAGUUCCUGAACUACUGAACGGUCCUAAUGUGUUUUCAAAAAAGGGUUCUCUCUUUUCAAAUGCUCCACUGAGCCACCAUUGUUUCUCUUAUCUGUUCAGUUGAUCAUGUUAUUUAGGCUGUUGUUUCAUUUUGAUUUUGUUUCUAACUCUGCAAAGAUGUUAAAGUGACUUGCUCUGCUCUGCAGUGGAUCAUGAAGAGUUUUCCUCGUGCUCCUCCGAAUGCAAUGCGGACGAUUCGGACUUCCUCUGCAUAUGACAUGCAUGAUCAAAUCAGGGGCACAUUUCGCUUGAAACUGAAUGCGCAGAAAAAAAGUUUCCCAUGUUUGAAGAAAAAUGAUUCUGCUUUCUUGUCAGAGCCCAUUGUGGUGGAUGUUGUUCACUCUACUGCAGUGAUGGCAGAUUUUUUUUAAAUGAGAGAUUAUUAUGAUUUUAUUGUUAGAUCUAUUCCCUAAAAGUGGUCCCUCCAACCUUCUUUACCAAACAAAAAAGAUGUUUGUAUGAUGUGAUAUUUUCAAUAUGGCACCUUGACCUCUCAGUGGUUUCAUUUUAAAAUUGUGACUCGGAAACCUAGCUGUAGGUCAAGUGAUGUACAUUUCAAAAUCAUUAAGACAGCUGUAGCGGAAUUAUGAGAUAAAAGACAACUUAUUAUCACUAUUAUGUUAUUUUAAUUGACUUUAAUUGGAAAGUGUGAGUUUUUACGUCUGGGAUGCAUUUUGUUUAUGUUGUUAGGUGAGCAUCCUAUCAGUGGUACUGUGAUAGCUUUUUUUUAAGGAUGUGUGUAUUGCUACUGAAACAACAACAGGAAAAAAAAAACAUUGUGAGACUGUUUUCUGCAUUUGGUUUGCAUCUAGAUAAAGCACACGGGCUUGGUACAUGAUGCUAAAGGACCUCACCAGCUGAGAUCACAUUGCACAUCACCUUUGUAUUCCUCCCAGAAUACAUUUCAUGGUUGUAUUUGUAUGUAGGUCAUUCAUGAAGAGAAAAGCAUUAUUUUAAUUUUGUAAAAAUUAAUAAAUUAUGCAUAUUGAAUAUU